AUGACCCGUGGAGGGGGUGGGAGGCAGGGGAGGAGGAGUUGGGAUUCCAACGAGGCUCCCUCAGAAAAGACCAUGUUGCUGCCUCUUGCUGCUUCUGCUUCAGCUCCCAGCAAAGCACAAACUUAUAAGAAAAAAACUUCUAAGAGGAUAAACUAUGAUCAGUUGGAUGCAUUGUGUAGCAUCAGUGGGCUACAAAACAGGAAGAAUCCACAAACCACUGAAGAAGCUCAUCAAAAGUUUAUGAAACUUUAUCCCAAAAUAUUCUACCAAGAAAAGACUGUAUUGCCAGGAAUUCCUCCAAAACACUCAAAGAGCCCCAUUCUAAGAUCUGUCAAAGAACAUAACACAGUGUAUGAGAUGAUGAAGCUCAUUCCUGACAUCAGGGCUCAGCUUUCUGAUGAAGAACUGAAGGAACUCAGCAUGUGUACCAUCAAGGAAUACUGGGCAAAAGGAAGCACAGUUGUUGGAAAUCAAGGUUUCUAUGCCAUAUUGAAAGGCUCUGCUAGGCCUCAAGCAAGGUGUUACAAAAGAAUGCUUGGAGAAGACUUUGAUUCAUCAUGUGUAGCAAUGCCAACUCCUAGUCAAGCUACUAUGUUUGGUUUUUCAGGCCGAACAAUGCUUAUCAGAGGAAGUUGUUUUGGGACUUUGGAAACAGCCCCACCAAAACUGCCGCACAUCCUGCUGUCCAUCAUUACAGAAGAAAACUGCGAAAUUCUUAAAAUUUCUUCCACAGAUUAUUUAAGAAUAAAAGAGGAUAUAGCUAAGCGUGAACGAAUUGCCAAGGAAGAAUUAAUUCAUGGCUGUCCAUAUUAUCGCGACUGGCCUAUGCUUUACGUAUUUCAGUUAAUGUCUCAUUUGAAAUGGAGGCAAUUUCCUGCAGGCUAUGUGCUUUUAAAAGGAGGAGAAAUCAGUACAUUUGUAGGAUUUAUUAAAUCUGGAUACUGUAAUGUUUACAGAGAAACUGAGGCACUUGUGAAACUACCAUUGGGGAAAAUGGUUAAACAAACCAGACAGGUUCUUGUGGGUCAGCUCCAUGAGAAACAGUCCUUUGGAGAAGUGAGCAUUCUUCUUCAGACCCCUUUCACAUGCAGAGUCAUAACAGCGACAGAUGUUAAAUUGGGCAUAAUUGAUGCCAGUGCUAUACUAGAUUUGGACGUGGUGAUUCAAAUGCUUCUCCUCCAAACAGCUGAGCCAACAUUUAAUAAUAUCACGCAAGAUGAGAUCAACUUUGAAUAUAUAAAUAAAGAGAAACACAAAGAAUGGCAGAGUGUCAAGGUGGUGCAGGAUAUAUUGUUUCACAAUGGAAUUAUCCCUGGUUUGGGGAAAUGGACACAUGAGUGGAGUCAUCCUGCCAAGAGGGGGGGAAAAUCGACAGAACAAGCAUUGUUGAGUUGCUAUCUGAGUGACAGCAGUGUAUGA